UAGGUGCUAUAUUACUGUAACAGUGUUGUGUACUACUUUAUAUCACUUCCUUUCUUUCUUUCUUCUUCUAUACUUCUAUAGUAGCAAAAAAAAAAGCUCUGUUUUUUUGCUACUUUUGAGGUUUCCUUAGCCUGUAUAAAUUGACCAACAUUUAAGUGAAUUGGUUGUUGUUUUCAGAAGAUUUUGUGAUCUUUGCAAUUAAUUCUGAGCUGCACAUUUAUUCACUUGAUUCUUGAAAAGUUGGUUUUUUUUUUUUUUAAAAGCUGCAAACUUAGUUCAAGUUCCUUCUUUCCUUUUUUGACUAUAAAUAAAUUGGGGCGGUUGCUGCUUAAGUGAACAAAAGGAAUAGUUCAAUUACAAGAGGAGUGUAUACUUCUUCUUUAUUGCAGAGAUCUGGUUUACAAGAAAGAGACAUCUUAGUACUACAACAAGAUCUGCCAGAAAUUGAUAAUGUUGAGUGGGAAGCAAGCAGAGGAAGCAAUUGUCCCAAACUUCAAUGAAAGUGAACAUGAUGGUAUUGGCAGUAGCAAAGAAGAAGUUGAGAAAUUAGAUGGAGAAGAUCAGUCACUUUUCAAUGUCAAGAGUUUCCUCUGGCAUGGAGGCUCUGCUUGGGAUGCUUGGUUCAGUUGUGCUUCUAAUCAAGUCGCACAAGUGCUAUUGACAUUACCAUACUCUUUUUCUCAACUUGGUAUGGUAUCAGGCAUAGUGCUACAAAUCUUCUAUGGUCUUGUUGGUAGCUGGACUGCAUACCUCAUUAGUGUUCUCUAUGUUGAAUAUAGAGCAAGAAAAGAAAAAGAAGGUGUUAGCUUCAAAAAUCAUGUCAUUCAGUGGUUUGAAGUGCUUGAUGGACUAUUGGGACCAUACUGGAAAGCAGCAGGCCUUGCCUUUAACUGUACUUUCCUUCUGUUUGGAUCUGUCAUACAACUAAUUGCUUGUGCAAGUAACAUAUAUUACAUCAAUGAUCAUUUGGACAAGAGGACAUGGACUUACAUAUUUGGAGCUUGUUGUGCUACUACUGUUUUCAUUCCUUCUUUCCACAACUAUAGGAUUUGGUCUUUCCUUGGACUUGGAAUGACCACUUAUACUGCAUGGUACUUAACUGUUGCAGCUCUUGUUCAUGGCCAGGUAGAAAAUGUUCAACACACUGCUCCACAUAAGGUGGUGUUGUAUUUCACUGGUGCUACCAAUAUUCUUUACACCUUUGGUGGACAUGCUGUUACUGUGGAAAUUAUGCAUGCAAUGUGGAAACCACAGAAGUUCAAGUACAUAUACUUAAUAGCCACAUUGUAUGUUUUCACCCUAACACUACCAUCAGCUUCAGCAGUUUACUGGGCAUUCGGAGAUCAACUUUUAAACCAUAGUAACGCGUUCUCACUUCUUCCCAAAAACGGGUGGCGCGAUGCUGCUGUGAUCUUGAUGUUGAUUCACCAGUUCAUCACGUUCGGAUUCGCUUGUACUCCAUUGUACUUUGUGUGGGAGAAAGUUAUAGGGAUGCAUGACACAAAAAGCAUAUGUUUAAGGGCACUUGCUAGAUUGCCUGUGGUUAUACCAAUAUGGUUCUUGGCUAUUAUUUUCCCAUUUUUUGGACCUAUCAACUCUGCAGUUGGGGCUCUUUUGGUUAGUUUCACAGUCUACAUCAUACCAGCUGCUGCCCAUAUGCUCACUUAUCGGAAAUCCUCCGCUCGUCAGAAUGCAGCAGAGAAACCACCUUUUUUCAUGCCAAGUUGGACUGUUAUGUAUGUCAUUAAUAUCUUUAUAGUGGUUUGGGUUUUUAUUGUUGGAUUCGGGUUCGGAGGUUGGGCUAGCAUGACCAAUUUCGUCAGACAAGUCGAUACGUUUGGCCUUUUCGCUAAGUGUUAUCAAUGCAAACCUUCACUUCCUCCGGCGAGUCUAUCACCACAUCCGGCACCUGUCCACCACUGAGAAGCUGACCUAGAUCCGCCUCGAUCGACGCCAAAGGAUGUCGGAAAAUUUCAACCUAGACUAUCUUGUAUUAUAUACAUGGGGUUGUAGUAAUACUUCCCUUACAUGUGGUGUGUGUGCCAAAAUUUUCAUUUUUUCCCCUUAAGUUUCAAUUUUUUCUUACAACAUUAGAUAUAAUAGUGUGUUGAAUUGUGAUGAAUCCUUUGCUAUCAAAAGCAUAGGCUAAUUAAAUCAAGUUGUGUUAGUUUUUAAAAGUUCUUUCUUCCCCACUCUUGGUGGAGUAGUAAAUGAUUGUUGUUAUAAAAAGAGGAUUUUAUAUAGUUGUUUUGU